AAGCUUCUUCUCACAUGCAACUACACCUGUAAUGAACAAGCACUGUCUACAUAUGCUGUGAAAAGAUAUAUGUAUUGACACUUAUAUGACACUUUUUAUCCAACAUAAAUCCAAAGACUCUGUAUGCAGUAGGCUUUAGGACCCUGUGUAUAAAAGGCAAAUGUUUUUGGGGUGGUUACCAGAAGAGAAGCAAGUCAAACCACAUUCUUCACUAAGUGGUUAAACUCGCUGCCUGAAAGAUAUCUCCACUCCACUGAGGAGCCUGGGAUGAGAUUUUCCUAAGCUUUCCCUCAGUUACACAUGAGUGCUCUUUGUCAGGGAAUGGGCAAAGCAGAGAGCCAGCCAGCCCAGCAGUAAAAUGAGAAGAGGACAUUGCUUUUGACAGGUGUUUAUUUGCCAAGAUGCUGUUCCAGAGGGUCUCUAGGGGGGUCGUCACCAUAGCUUCUGGCUCCUGGACCAAAGUGACCUGCAAGUGCUGCUUCACUGACAAAGUUCGGCCGCUGCUGGUGAUUGAGCUGAACAAGGAAGUUCGGCUAGAGACCAAACAAUGGAUCAUAUCCAAGAUAGAGGCUCCUGCUAAUAAACAAGGAGCUCAGCUACUGGCUCACCCUGGCGAGGAUGACGAUGGUGACAUGAUCCUUGUUGCUGCUCCUUCCUGCACACUCCUGAGGAAUGCUGAGGCCCUGGGGCUUUCCAAACCCUAUCAUGACGGGACCAUGCUGGCUUUCUCGUACCCGGACAGAGCCAGCUUCAAAAACGCAGACAAUAUUGAAGAGCUACUGACUCUAGCAGAACAGCAAUACAUUGCUAAAAACGAGCUGGAUGAUUUAAAAGCUGGCAUUAAUGAGUCGAUCCCUGGCUGUUCCAAAGACAAAGGGUGUCUGUACCCUGGAGAGCCGAUAUUUCAGAAGCUGGAGAAGAGCGGAAUAGUGAAGACAAUGUACCCACUGCAUGACAAAGAGAGACUGAGCUCCUUCUCAAAACAGUGGUACUCCCAGUUUAGUUCUUUGGAACUGCCGUUAGAUUACAUCCACUCGUAUUUCGGUGGGCCUGUGGCUUUCUAUUUCAGUUUCCUGGGCUUCUACACUGUCUCACUGCUGCUCCCUGCUGUUCUGGGUGCUGUACUGUACUUCCUGUCCUGGCACUCUCUGAAUGGUCAUGUCCUGUUGGCCAUCUUCAAUGUGGUUUGGUCCACAGUGGUCCUGGAGCUGUGGAAGAGGCGGAGUGCAGAGCUGGCUUACGGUUGGGGGACCCUGCUGCUUAACAGCACCUUCGAAGAGCCACGACCCAACUACCGGGGCACUAUGGGACACAACCCAGUAACGAAACGCUGGGAGCCUUACUUCCCCAGUGCUGAGCGGAAGAAGAGGAUCUGGUUCGUGUCCGCCCCUGUGGUGUGUGCCUUCUUGUGGCUCACAGUGAUGGGGAUGGUGGCCUACUUCUACUUAGAGUGGUGUGUGAAGGAUUAUUACAGCCGGGAGCCCUCGUGGCUCGCUAUGUCCCUGCUAUACCUUCCCUCAGUGCUGCACAUACUGUAUGUGGACUUCAUGAACAAUGUCUACAAGACAGUGGCACACAUGCUGACAGAGUGGGAGAAUCACAGGGUGGAGUCAGACUUCCAGAAACACUAUACUCUCAAGGUUUUGGUGUUUAGCUUCAUCAACUGUUUUGCUGUCUUGUUUUAUAUCGCCUUCUACAAGCAAGACCUGGAGCUGCUCAGAAAGAGGCUGGCAUCCCUGUUGAUUGUCAGUCAGAUAAUAAACCAGGUUACAGAGGCGCUGGUGCCGUACCUGCUGGAGAGAUUUUUCCCGAGCGAGGGGACGAAGCAGAGAGAAGCUGACCCAAACAUUGACAAGCUUCGAGCCCAGGGCUGCCAGCCGGAAUACCCUGGGCUGUUUGCCGAGUACAUCGAGCUCUUUGUGCAGUUUGGCUACCUCAGUCUCUUCUCCUGUGUGUACCCGCUCACAGCAGCGCUGCUCUUUCUCAACAACGUGACUGAGAUUCGCACUGACGCUCUGAAACUCUGCAAGCUCUUCAGAAAGCCCUUUGUGGCUCCUGCUGCCAACAUUGGGAUCUGGCAGACAGCGUUUGAAGCUCUGGGGUUUGUAUCAGUGAUCUCCAACUGCUGGCUCAUCCUCAUCUCUCCUCAGGUCAAAGGUUACUGCCAAGCGAGUGGGGUUAGCUUUCGAAAUGCCCUACUCUGUACCAUUGUUUUGGAGCAUGUACUCAUCAUUCUGAAGGCUGUUAUAGCAUUUGUGAUUCCAGACCUACCCAAGUGGGUGAGGAUAAAAGUUGCUCAACUUGAAUUUCAGAGUCACCAAGCUCUCAAAACAGUUGCCUAAAGCCGUUGGUACACUUACAUAAGGAGUUGAUAUAUCCUCAAUCCUGGAUUAAUAUAAAAUGGCACUAGAGCCAGUUCACUCAAUGGGAAGACAGCCACUCAUCUUGCUCUUUAUUUGGGAGGCAAUGGCAAAAGACUAGCCCACGAUUCCUAGUCUGAAAAACAUGUGUGCUAUCCUGGAACAAGAACUUUACAAUCAAGACCAUUCCUGAAGUGAUCUGUUCAAAUCUAAAACCCAACACUGCCUAAUGAUGUCUCUCCUCUUAUCAGUGGAAGCCGAGAUCCAGCACUUCCAGUGCUUGAUGUGCAUUCAGCUGCAAUGUCUAUAUUCACUCUGAGAGAUUUAAUGAGUUCCAUGACAGCUUUUAUGAUUUUUUUUUUUUUUUUAAUAUAGCAAUGUGUUAAGAAGAUACAUACAGUAAGUAAAAUAACCGCUAUCCACAUUUUUGCCACAGCAUUUGUUUUAUUCACUAUAUUUCAGCCGCCUGUGUAAUGGCUUACUUCACAAGAGCUGAUAUUGUUAUUAAUAUCAUAUUUAUAUUCUACUGUGUAUAAAUUAUAUUUGAUAUUUCUGAAGAACAGGAACAUGGGCCAUGAUGCAUCUUGGGACACAUGCUGUUUAGUUUGGAAAAUGGUGGGAAAACAGUUAAGCGGCCUGUAUUCUUUAGGAGUACAUUGAUGGCAAGUGAAAAAGAUGCAAUUAUAUGAAAAGUAUAUUUUUUUAUAUUAUGUAUUUUAUAUAUUAAUACAUCUGCUACAAAACAGUGGAUAGUACAAUUUCUACAAGAACUAUCAAAGCCUCUCUUUCUUUAUUUUGCCACUAAACUACUAAAAUAGUCCUCCAUAUAAACAGACACUCAGACACAAACCUAUUAGCUGUUUUUUGUUUAUGCAAUAGCGUGAAAUUAUUUUGAGGCAGCAACAGGAAAUCUUAUGAACGUGUAAUAGUUUUUGUGUGCUCUUGUUAACAUGGUCUGGGACCAGCUAUUCAUUUGGAGUGUGGUGUUAAUUCUCAUUUAUAUGAAGUACUGCAGCCAAUCUUCCAGCAAUUUCAGUUGCUGGUACAGUCCCCAGAACUCAACAGAACCGAGUACCAGGGAUGUGCUGGAAAAUGUAAUUAGUCAGUGCCUGCAGGUACAGUACCACCGUUCCUGGGUCAAUUUUACAUACCCUGACAGGCACAAGGAAGGACAUUCCAUGGGCUGUCCUCAGCAGAUUGUGUUAUCUCCACCUCUGUAUGUUGUAUCUGUAGUCCUUUGAAAAGGGCCACACCCCAGUCUGAUACUGAAAGGUAUUCCUGAUAGUGUUAGGACACCAACAAGGUACUGUGCUUUUCAAGAACAAAGACAAAGCAAUUUAUUGUAUUAACUAUUAAGUUUCCAUGUACUCACAAGGCUGCUCCUACUGAAUUUUGCUCCCAAUGUUAUGUAAAAAAAAUAAAUGCUUGUUAACUGGA